AUGGAUAAGGAUAAGAAACCGAAGAGUGGAUUUAUGAAGAGGAAAGAGAAAGAGAAAUGGAAGAUGGAAGAGGCAGCGAAUGAUCCAAGACAAGCAAAAGUCCGAAAAUUCUUUCAAAGUAGUUCUGUUAUCUCUACUAAAAACCAAAAUGAAGAUAGUGCCGAAUGUGAAGAUGCGACUGUAAAUGAAGCAACCAAUCAACCUGUGAUCAGACAAGGCGAAUCUACGAUUCAUAAUGAACCUGUCAUUGCAACGUCCAGUGGAACAGGCUACGUUGCAGAAAAGUUUAAUGAAAGUGACCCCGUAAAUUCUACGUCUAUGAAUAUAUUAAACGAAAAGGUAUAUCGACCAGCAACAACAUCUGUGCUUCCUACUGGAUCAACACCAAAAAUUUUUGAAUUUGAGAAUGAUAAAGGUCUUUAUGAUAAUGCUAGUGGGAUUUCUUUGAAUGUGUAUCAAAUCAGAGCUCUUUUGUUGACAGGCCCUUGCCAGCCUAGAGAAUGUGAUAUGCCUGGCGGGGAAUUCAAACAAUCGAGUGACAAACGUCGAUUCAACUCUUCAUUUUAUUAUAAGAACAAAAAAAAGCAUUUCAUGGAAGAUAACUACAGUUCCUGGUUAUCUUAUUCACCAACAAAAAAUUAUGCUUAUUGUUACUACUGUUGGUUAUUUGGCGAUGAAACUGCGAAAAAAAGCAUUUGGUACGUUGGUUUCACAGACUGGAAACAUUGUCAUCAAUCGGUCACACAACAUAGUUUAAGUAAAGCCCAUCUCAGCAAUGCAGUCGCUGCUGCAACAUUUCUCCAGAAAAAUGAUAUUCGUUAUAAACUCGAACAACAAAUAAGCGAAGAAGCUAAGAAAUGGCGCGCAAUUUUGAAUAUACUUUUUGACACUGUGAAAACUUUAUCUGGUUUGGGCGUUGGUUUUCGUGGUCACCGUGAAAAUUUACAAAAGGUUGAGCAUCCCGGUAUUUAUUUGAGUAUCAUUAAAUUGAUUUCUCGCCAUAAUCCUAUUCUACAUGCGCAUCUUGAAUCGCCAGAACGAAUCAAAUAUUUAAGUAAAACAAUAACAUAUGAGUUACUCAGUACAUUAGCUGAUCAGACCAGAAAGUUUAUUGUUGAUGAAUGUAAAGGUGCCAAAUUUUUCACGUUAAUCGCUGACUCAACGACGGAUAUUGCUCACUUGGACCAAAUGGCUAUUUUGUUACAAUACAUUGUUAUUCAGAAUGAAGGUUUAACUGCGUCUGCAAUAUGUAUCAAAGAGAGUUUUUUGUGCUUCGUUCAACUGACAAAAGGGGAUGCUACAUCUAUUUGCAAUAUUAUAACCGCCAUAUUGUUUGAUAAAUAUGGUUUCCAGAAGAAGUAUUUGUCUGGUCAGGCCUAUGACGGUGCAGCGGUAAUGUCAGGACGUGAAGGUGGUUUGCAAGCGAAAAUGAAGGAAUAUGUCGGCGAUGAGACAUUUGUUCCGUAUAUUCACUGUAUCAAUCAUCAAGUAAAUUUGGUUUUGGUGCAUGCUGCGGAAGAAAAUGCGAGUUCUUCGAUUAAAGUGUUUUUUGCGAUAAUCCAAAGAAUUUACAAUUACUUUGCGCAUUCUCACAGACGAUGGGAUGAACUUUUAGAAGCAAGCAAAAAUCCAUCACGGAACUCCAACAGUUUUGGCAUUCAGCUUUUAAAAGACCUUAAAAAAGAGAUCUUCGAAUCCGAUGCAGACACAGAAGACGGAUUAUCAUACGAUGAAGCUCACAAAUCACGCGAACGAGUACUCCACAUUAAAGGUUUAAGUACAACCCGUUGGGCUGCACGUAUAAAAGCUAUGGAAGCAUUCAUCCAAAAUUUCGAGUGCAUCGUGGAUUGUCUGGAGAAGGAAAUUUCAAGGGACGCAGCUACUGGAGAUGACAUAAUGACUGCUCAAUCAUUGCUUUCUUCAUUAAAUUGGUUAUUUUUUCUGAAUUUGUUAUGGUGGCAUUCUGUGCUUGAAAUAAUCAGUGUUGCGCAAAUUCAACUGCAGAAGAAAGAAUUAAACUUGAUAACGGCGCAGCAUUGCACUUCAGCAGCAUUGAAGAAAAUGAGAGAUUUAAGGGAUGAAAGCGCCUACAAUAAUUUCAUCACAAAAGCGAGAAGUCAGUGGGGAAAAAUGAACUUGGAACGUGCUGAUUUUCCAGUUGCAAGAAAACGGAAAAUUAAGAAAAUGCCUGGUGAAAAUAGCUUUGACUGUGUUUUAGAGACGCCUGACAAGCAUCGAGCCAGUUAUUACGAAGUUCUCGAUACAACGUGUUGCGAAUUACAGGAUCGUGCAAACGGUUUCAAAGAGAUUAAUAACGUUUUUGGUUUUUUAAUGCCCGAAAUACUGCACAGCAUGAAACCAAGUGAUUUUGAGACCAGCACAAGUAUUUUGUUAGAGAAAUAUACUGAUUUCUUUACAACUGAUCUCAAACAUGAAUUGUCCAGUUUCGCUGAUUUGUAUUUCGCGCAACAGCAUGAUUCUUCAAAUGACAGUCCUUUGCAGUAUUUGGGAUUUAUUGUGAAACAUAAUUUGAUGGACAGCUUUCCGGAGUGUUGUAGUCUGUUCAGAUUGUACCUAACAUUACCAGUUACCACAGCGAGCGCCGAAAGGGGCAUGAGCUCUUUGAAAAGAAUCAAAGAAUAUCGCCGUGCCACUCUAGCUGAGGAAACCCUUAAUGACUUCAGUAUUCUUUAUAUCGAAAAAGCAGUUGCGAAUAAAAUUGAUUUGUAUUCGACAAUCGAAAUAUUUGCUGAACAGAAAGCAAGGCGAGGAUUUAAAACUACAUAA